UCGGGCAGAGCCGAGCGGGGAGCCGCCAUGGCUGAAUAUUUACCAGAAAUCACCAAUGACUCCGUUUGUCCUGUAGAUGCCAAGGAAGAACUCUUGGAUGAAUGUGAGAGUAUUUGGAAGCAGAUGGAAGAGUGUCAGAGCAAGCUAAUGCUUCUAGGAACAGAAACACUGUUAAAAUCAGAUGCCAAGCUUUCCUUGUUAAUGAUGCGACUGAAAGCUUUAACAGCAGAAUAUAAUCAAUGGCAAAAAAGAAGUCCUGAAAUAAUUUCUACCAAUCCAGAUGUACUGUUAGCAUUAGGAAAAGAAGAGUUGCAGAAAGUAAAGAAUGAUCUUGAAAUGGUGCUGUCAACAGUUCAGUCAAAGAAUAAACAACUGGAGGAAGAUCUGAAAAGAGAACAGCAGUGGCAUGAGGAACAGGAGCAGAUACUAGAUGUUCUUAAUGGAAUCGAAGAAGAGACAAAAACCCAAGUUGAACAACUUUCCAUAAAAAGUUUGGAUACUAGAGCAUUUCAUGAACUGCAAAAUAAAAUGUUGAAACUAAAGAUAUAUAAGGAAGAACUCUUGAACGCACUGGGUGAAUUCCUUGAAGAACAUUUUCCCCUUCCAGAGAAAGGUGGAAGUACUAAAAAGAAGAAGAAUUCUUCUGAAGAGCCAGCUGUAGAACUGAUAACACUUCAUGAAAUUUUAGAGAUUCUUAUAAAGAAAUUAAUGAGCACACCGCAUGAACCCUAUGUAACAAUCAAUGACUCAUUUUGGCCACCUUAUAUUGAGUUGCUGCUGCGAUACGGAGUUGCCCUGAGACAUCCGGAAGAUCCAAACAGAAUACGCCUAGAAGCCUUUCACAUGUAGCAAAGUGAAAGCAUGUUGUUUUGUUUACAUUAAAAGAAAACAAAGCACCAGUACUGUUACUUAAGGGCUAAGACAUACUUAGGUUUUAUGAUAAGCUUUUUUCAUAUCAGCAAUGUCUUCUUGUUGGGUGAUGAUUCUUUUCUUAUUAAAUAAAGUGUGUAUUUGGUC